AUGUCGCUAAGUAAUACAUUCACAGGAUUAGCUGCUUGUGGCGUUACGACAUGUUUAUUUGGAUCCUUAUUUGUACCCAUCAAACGAUUUAAUCCCGGUGAUGGUUUCUUCUCACAAUGGAUAAUGUGUGCGGCAAUAUUUCUUAUUGGCGUGAUAAUUAAUGCCUAUGAAGGUUUCACUCAGUUUUAUCCACUUGCAAUGCUUGGUGGUGUAUUUUGGGCAAUUGGUAACGCAAUGGCAAUAACAAUUUUUGAAUUAAUUGGUAUGGGUAUGGCUUUAUUGAUAUGGGGUACAGCUAGCUGUUUGAUAGGUUGGGCAAGUAGUCGUUUUGGAUUAUUUGGUCUAAAAGAAAAUAUCCCAAAUAGUGUCAUUCUGAAUUAUUUAGGCCUAUUGCUUAUUCUUUUUGGUGGAGUGUUAUUUGCAUUGAUAAAGCCAACUACAAAAUCUGAUGACCCUAAUAAGAUCCGAGGAGAACGAAAAAACGAAUCGAUAAUGGAUGUGGAAUCUCCCGCUUUACCAUUGAAAUCACGGAAGAACGAUUAUGAAGAAACGAAAUUGUUUAACAGUGAUGAUAAAGAGGAAGGGGAUUCAAUAAAGAAAGCGAAUAUUGUAAGUUAUUUUUUUGUAACCUUAUCAGGACUAUUCGGGGGCGGUGUCGCAUUAUCGCUGUUGGUAGGUUUAUUCUACGGGUUGACAUUUGUUCCUGUCAUUUAUGUUCAAGAACAUCCUGACCAGUUCGUGGGUGCCCCAUCUGAAGCACUACCAUAUGUUUUUGCUCAUUUCACUGGGAUCUUCGUCACUGGUACAGUUAUUCUGGUAGGAUAUGCUAUUAUUAAGCUUAAUAAACCAAUGGUCAACAAUCAAAUUAUUUUACCUGCAUUCACUUCGGGUAUCAUGUGGGCUAUUGCACAAACAUCAUGGUUCAUUGCAAACAACUACAUUGCUCAGUCGAUAUCAUUCCCCAUCAACAGUAUGGUACCAGGUGUCAUUGGAGCUCUUUGGAGUGUUAUGUAUUUCAAGGAAAUUAGCGGUACUCGAAAUUUGAAAAUUUUAUCCGUGGCUAUAGCGAUUACUAUUACGGGUGCUAUAAUAGUCGGCUUAUCAAAGGAUUUCUAA